AUCACGGGCGCGUGAUUUUUUUUUUUUUGAUGAGAAAAGCGUGAAAUUAGUAAGCUAACUGCACAAAUGCAUUUUGAAAACCUGCGCGAACGCGAACCUUCAGGCGCAGGCAAAGGCAAAUGAAAUCAGUUGCGCUAACCCUAAGUAUUAUGUUUACGAAAUUACCCUUCUGCUUCACUAUAAAUUCCCAAACGGUUUCCCUUAGGCUUGCAACUCCUUCAUUUUCGACAAGCCGAAGAACCUAUAGAUCUGAGCGGCGACGGCUAAGAACGCAAGCUCAUUACACGAAAAGGGGUUGGGGUUUUGAUCUCUCAAGAUACAUUGUUUGAUGGGCCAUAAAGACCUUCCUUUUGAAGUUGGACAAGUGGCAGAGUCAAGAUCUUUUAUCCAAGGUUUUCGUGGUGCAUGGUUCCGAUGCAAGAUAAAGAAGAUUAGCUGGAAAAAAGGCCAGAUGGGGCAUGACUUAGAAUAUGUUGACUUUCCAGAUGAAAAAAUAGAAUGGACAAAGCUAUAUCAAAAGCCCAUUAAUACAAAGGAGGUAAAAAGUCAAUUGAUGGUUCGUCCUUGCUUUCCUCCUAUCUACCGUGAAAGUGAAAUGCCUGAUGUUAAUACCAUCUCAAAAGUGGUAGUCAUUUUUGAUGAUGUUUUGAAAGUGGGGGAUUUGGUAGACUGGUUUACUGAUGGUUGCUAUUGGUCUGGAAGAAUAAUUGAAUUAUUGGGGGACGAGAAGGUAAAGAUUGAGUUGCCACCUCCUCCUAUGGGUGAAGGAUUAUCGUAUGAAGCCAUUCGCAAUGAGCUACGGCCAUCAUUAGAUUGGACACCAGAAUAUGGUUGGAUGGUCCCUAAGCUUGUGGAGAAGGGCAAUGAUCGUUGUUGUGCUCGGAUUGUUAAGCCUUUCACUCAAGUUGCUGGGGCUCCAAAUUUGAUGAUCCAAGCCGAAGGCAAAGGAAGAAACGGAAUUCAGGCUACUACUAGGGCAUCGCUUAAGUGUAAUUCUUCUUCUUCUUCUCAUAGUUCAGCUAGCUUGUUACAACUUCCAGAUGGAUCAGAACAAAUGGUGAAGCGACCUUUGAGCACUGUGACAUUUAAGAAGACACAAACACCUGAAACAAAUUUGGAGUUAGAUAUGGAAGAGAAUGGAAUUGGAAAGACCAAUUGCUCAGACAUUGUUAGAGAUGUGUCAGCUGAUAUGGUGGGAACUGCGUCUAGGAAUGGAAAAUAUGAUAACUCUGGGUCUUCAAAGAAGAUAAAAGCUGAUGGAAAUAUUUCUUUAGAUUCCAUGUGUUCUGAUACGUUAGAAGUUGCAGUUAUGGACCUGGAAGAACUUGUAAACCGGGUUAAAUGGAUUAGGGGUUUGUUGGAAUUUGGAAAACCUGUGUCUAAUACUAUGCAGAAUGCUUGGGAAUUUCUGGAACACAGAGCAUCAUCCACACCAAAAUGAGUGUUCAAUUUUAUUGAAAGAGGAUCAACUGGAUCUACCAACAAACCAUGGAAUUAUAACCUUCUGCUCAUCUACCAUUGUGUCUUUAGCGCACCAGUUGGAUGGAAUGCAGAUUAGUACGAUAUUGUGUUGCAGAAUGAUGGAUAAUACUUUGUUUACCAAAUGAUGUCUACUGUUUUGGGGGAUUUCUGUCCAGACUAGAUGAUCCAUUCCCAAAAAAAAUUGAAUUUGCACUAGAAAUUUUGUCUGCAAUGCCAAUUUUUCACGGCUUAACUUUUGCCUUGUAUCAUUAGACACCUUUAGGCUUCACCUGGUCUUACCUAAUCUUGAUCCUUUGCUUUUUUCUCACCUAUUCACCUGAUGUGUAUCUACUGUAAAUAGUGAAUUUUCUUUCCUGUAUUGAUUUUUUUUUUUUCCUUUUCUGCUAGUCACUAAUGUAAACUGAUAAUAGAGACCUCUUUUUGAUUUUUUCACUGAUUCAUACUGCAAUCUUUGUAAAGCUUGCACUUAGCAUUACUAGUUUCUUAACACAGCUAUUUCUGCUUCUCAAUCUGUAAGAAUCAAAGAUAUUGUAGAGAAAUUGGGCAGAUGCCCAUUUGCUUGGAGCUCUA